GGAAAACACUAGUUUCCGCGUCCGUGUUCUCGCACUCAGACGUAUAUUAUAUGCAUUUAUCUUGUGUCUAUAUAACGUUCAAUUUGUGUCAUAAAUUAAAUUAACCAAUAAUCUUCUAAAAAAAUGUACGUUAUUUAAAUAUGAAGAAGUUUUUUACUGGGCGAAGAAAUAUGAUCCGUAUAGUUUUGCCAGUUUUAUUAUUAGUGUUGAUCUCAAUAGCUGCAGAUGUCAACGCUAAGAAAUCGCGGCAUCAUAGGCUUCAGGAACUUCAUGGCAGUAAUACGCAGUUGUCGGUGACUGACGAUGGUACUCUGCCACUGCCGACAGUCAAACCCGGCGAUGAGUACGUGCAAGAAUCGGAUGUAGACGUGGAAGACAACGGAGGCGACGAUGAUGACGAUGAAAAUGACGACGACGACGACGGCGAUGAAAGUGACGAAGAAGGCGAAGAGUCGGCCGAAGUGUUGGAAAAACAAAACCCAUGUCUCGUGCACUACUGUGGAAGGGGCGAAGAGUGUGCUGCCUUGGGCGGUGUUGCACGGUGCAUAUGCGUGCGGAAAUGUGGUCCAGCUAAGCGCAGGGUGUGCGGAACAGACGGCCGGCUGUACGACAACCGAUGUGAGCUGCACAAGUCUGGCUGUUUGUCCGGGGUCAACAUAGAGAUAGACCAUUCGUUAAAGUGUUUCAUACCUUCAGCGUCCAAAGCAAAGAAUGUUCGAAUUUUACCGAAAGCCGCAGACAACGCCAUUGAAUUGGAAACCAAAUCGAAAGAAACGAAAACUUGCGGUUCUCCACAAUACGAAAUUAUGAAGGAUAAUUUGUUGCUGAUAAAUCAUGCUAAACUCAUGUAUCAAAAGAGUUGGAACAAUGGUAAAGAGUAUAUGGUCAGUGCGUUAUUCCGUUAUUUGGAUUUAGACGGCAACGGAUUUUUACAACAGGACGAAUUACAAAAGAUAACUAAACAGGAUAAGCUCGAUGAUAUGUCUGACGUUUGUGUCAUGUCAGAUAUGAUUCGCUUUGAAGACAUGGAUAAAGAUGGACGUCUAGGUUUGAACGAGUUCUACGCAGCUUUCAGUAAACUAUAUAGCUUAUCGGUGGUCACUCUGGAAAAAGCGCUAGAGAUCAAUAGAAUAUCCGCAAAAGUCGGUGACAAUGUCGAAAUCCGUUGCGACGUCAGCGGUAAUCCGCCUCCUCCGAUCGUUUGGAAACGAUAUUCUGCUGAUCUAACGACCUUAGGCGACGAGGACGUGAGAGUUUUUAGCGAUGGAUCGCUGUAUCUCACCAAAAUACAAUUAGUACACGCUGGGAAUUACACGUGCAGAGCUUUGAGAAACUCGGAGGUUACACAGACGCACGUGUUGACUGUUCAUACCUUACCCGAAGUUAAAGUUACGCCCAGAAUCCAAUCGCGGAGACCAGGCGAAAAGACUUCCAUGUUUUGCCAUGUAAUCGGAGAACCUUUCCCUGAGGUGGUUUGGCUGAAAAAUGAAGAGCGUUUAAAGUUGGACAUGGUGCACAAGUACAGAGUAGUCGGCAAUGGAACUGAAUUAAGUAUUGAUAAUAUCGAUUACGCGGACACCGGAGCGUACAUGUGCCAGGCAUCGAAUACCGGUGGGGUCACCAGAGAUAUAUCGUCACUUAUCGUCCAAGAAAUUUUGACGCCCACUGCGCCGAAAGAAGAACGCCGGUUUUUCGCUUUUCACGACUGGGGCGUGUCUGUUUACGAGCCCACCGCUUGCCGGCUUUACCACCAAAUUCAAUCCACAGACAUCAUACCGGGAACUCAGGAAUACGUGUGUGGUGACAAAGGUGUCAACUGCAGCUGGGGCCAAGCUAUCAAUGUGGCCAACCGUUAUGUUUACGUGUCGCAGCCGCUUAAGGAUAGAGUAUUGGUCAUCAGCAAAAUUCAGAUGGUUGUCGUUGAUGUCGUGAUCACGGACAAAUAUCCAGUAGCUCUGCAUUACGUAGCGCAUUUAGACCAAGUGUGGGUAUUGAAUUGGAGGAGCGUGUAUGACGAUGGUGUAAAGACAAUACAAGUGAUCAGAGACGCGUCACAAAAACGAAAACACCACACCGUCCACCCAGAACCAAUAGACGGUCAAUUUGAUUUAGUCAGAGAUUUAUUCAUACCCACAGCACAGGAUCUGAGCCACUGGUUUAAGUAUGGUUACGUAAGCCAUGCUAACCAACGAGGACUUUACAAACUGGAUUUAGCUAACAUGCGAUACAUAAGAAGUAUAGACCUAUCACCAUACAACUGCGUACCUCGCACAUUGCAAUUUUCGUCCUUGUACGGUUUUGUCAUCAUCGAAUGCGAAGAACCCGGAACCGGACACGCUACGGGUCAGGUAAUCUUAGAUUAUUUGACCGAUACGGUGGUCAACAAAAAAACUACGAUCAGAGGAAGUCCUUUGGUUUCGCCAGACAGCAGAAUCGUCGUUUCUAUCGACAAGGCCUUCGAUGGUGUGACCUUGGUUGUCCAACAAGUUUUAGAAUCUGGACUCAAAUUUUCAUUCGAUGUCAAAACUACUCUAAUGAUCAGUGACAUAGCAUUCUAUCCAUCUCGAACCACACACGGGUAUGAUAUAUACGCCAGCGCGGCAGACAAAGAAGACAUACUGUUUCUAAAUCUAUCCAACGGUAAAGUAGAAAUGAUCACCGGCGUAGGCAAGGCCAUGCUCCAAUCGUUGACACAGUGGGGCAACCCCAACCGUCCAAUAGCCGCAUCCGGUAUUUUCGGUCACUACAUGGUUACGCCGGCCGACGAAGCACUGUUUGUGAUCAAUGGCGAGACCCGGACGGUGAACUGCGAGAUCGGCGGUCUGAUCCAUCCUAGACUGGUCACGUGGGUCACCAUGCAGCUACAAUAAACACAAAAAGAAAACAGAAUUCAAAAUUUUUGAAGAAAAAAAAAUCGCGUUGUUAUUAAUUAUUAUUAUUAUUAUUACUAUUGUUAAUACCGUCAUAAUUCAUUCUUUCUUAUUUCUCGCAAUGAUAACACCUAUAAUUUCAUCAUCUCGUUUUGCUUUUAAGCAUUUUUUGUUUCGUUCAGUUUCGUUUGUCAUGACUACUCAUAAACACAAUAUAGCGAAUUAGACGCAUUCGUUAAGUUUAAAUAUUUAAACCAUAAUUUUUACAUAAUAAAUAUUAAAUAAUAAAGCGAUGAUAUAGUAAUGAACCGAGCAUAGCGCCGCAGUGGUUGAAUGUUGUUCGAACAUUUCACGUUUCACUCGAACAUUAUAAUAAUAAUAUGCAUAAUAUGAAAUGCUUAUUUUUUUCGUGUUUUUCAUGUUUAAUUAUAGCCAGCGAGUUAAAGGUCGUAAGUCAGUCUUGUUAUUUCCAUACUAAAAUAAAAUCGACAAGUCUCGUCAUUUCAGUAAUUUUUCUAAUUUCCAUACAAAUAAUAUAUUUUAUAUUAUUAUUAAGUACGUUUUUGCCGUGGUUGUUCGAAGCCUAGGCUAGAAUACUCACUUGAUAAUGUAAUUAUAUAAUAUAUUGUAAGUAGAGAGUAUGCAGCGGUAAUAUUCCAUUACGUCCAAUAAUUAUAACGGAUUUAUGGUUUGUUUGCUCUCGACGCGUAUAUAUACGUAUAUUAUCGAUAAUAAUACUAUUACUAUAAAUUAUUAUAGGUACCUAGCUUUUCGUUUGACUGGCUAUAUAUCCCACUAAACGGAGUAGUUCACUUAACAUCAUGAAACGACGUUUUAAAACGAAAUAUAAUAUACGUAGAAAUCAUUGAAAGUAGCUGUGCGACAUUUAAGUUCAACGGCUAUCGAUUUAAUCUAAAUAUAGUUGAUAAUAUUAUAUUUAUGUUUAGUAUAUUAUAUUAUACGCAUAAUAUUAGUAUAUCGU